UGGGCAACAGAGAAUGCUCUGAAGCGUACCAGCUGGGUCGGGAUGUGGGUGUGAUUCCGGACCCUCAAAUGGACCGCUCGUUCACCGGUUACCUCUCCACCAACUCAUCAGCUCACCUGAACUCCCACUACAUGGAUGUGCACCGCUCCCUCUCUCCAGAGCAGUUUGGGACGUUCAACCACAGCCUGUGGGCCACUCUGGGAGAGAGCGGAAAGGUGACACAGGGGGGCGUGGGCGUGGUGGCUCUGGCCCUGUCCUUCCUGUUCGACAUCCUGACCCAGCAGGCCAAGAACCAGACCAGGACGACCCAUUUCAUCCACCAAAUUUUCAGAGAGUGCGAGGACGGCAACAGCUCAGAGAUCGGGACCGUCAUCACCGACUACCUGAAACUAGUCCCGCUGAUCGCCAACGACCCCCAACGCAUGAAGGAGGAGACCGAUCGCUACGAACAAAGACUCAACAGCUCGCUGGUCAGCCAUUUCGAGAGCAUAAUCAAGACACAAAAUGACAGUUGGACAGAGUGGAAGAUAUUCAUCCACAGUCUCGCCUUUCAUCAGCGCAUGAUGAUCCACCAGGUCCGAAUGGGAGCGAACAUAUCGACGGACCGACUGCUUGAAAAAGACUGGGAAAAAACAAUCAAUAACAUGGAUAGUAAAGGUCUGGAACGCAAUUUGGAAGAUUUUACAAACAUAGGGGAACGUCUGAGAAGCAUCUGUCCAGAAAAGCACCAGUUACUCACUGAUUGUAAGGACAUAGACCGGAACAUACAGGACCUCUUUACAAUUGAAGCAGCCUUCAUGCUUACCUACAAAAAAUCAUCAGACCCUACACCCCUGCCAGACCUCUUCGUUCAGCCUCCACAGGCCGCUUGGCACCUCCCCCUCUCCGAACCACCACCUCACGCUCACAACUACUGUCUGUUCUGGCUCCACGGUGGUGGAACGAACUCCCCGUUGAGGUCAGAACUGUAGAAUCUCUCCCCACCUUCAAGCGCAAACUGAAGACAGCAGCACCUCUCCCCAUCCCUCCUUACCUCCCUGUGAACCUUAAUUGUUGUCUUUGUGAUUUACUUUGUGUUUCGGUAUUUUUAGUUGGCUAGGUAAGCAGUAUUUGGAUAGUUAAGUUUGGUCACUUUUGCUUUGUUGUUUGUUUGUUUAUUUGUUUGUUUAAAAAAAAAAAAAGAAUUAGGCCCUGGUCCUUAUCUUUGUUGUAAGGGUAGCAAUUGAAAUUGUACUUCCCUCUAGGGUCUUUCAGCACACUUAUCCCUGGUUAUGGGUAUGCACUUUGUAGUACGUCACUCUGGAUAAGAGCGUCUACCAAAUGGCAAUAAUGUAAUCUAUGGUUGUAAAUGCUUGGAUUUGCUUCCAUUGCUUAUAUAUUUUUUCCAUAAUAUGCAGGAGCUCAGGUGAAUGUAUCCUUAUAGCCACUGAAUAAUGAAUGCUUUAAAGUCAGAAAAGUCAGUGUUAGUACUGAUUAUUCACACAGAGAUCAUAAAACGCUCUCAUGCACCAUGCCUAGCUGAAUCAUUCUGUAUUAUUCUGUCCUGUAUGUGAUAAAAAAAUGGAUUACACAUCAUAAAACAAUAUUAAAAUAAAUCAUUAUUGACAAUAAA